AUGCUGGCUCCGGGGAAGAAGCGAGGCACGUCGGUGACGCGGUGGCUGCCAUAUCGUGACGGCAACAGGCUGACCAAGGUCGUGCUGGGCGACGUUGAGGUCGUCCUAGCGAAUCGGUGGCCGACCCUGCUGUCCGAGGAGGACGACCAACUGGCGUGGGUGGACUUUGCCGGUCGUCGAUUCGCGAUCGUGCAGACCUUCGACAGCGGUUGUGGCUGCUACCUCUGGGAUGCGAGCAUUGUGCUGCUGAAGUACUUCGAACACGUUCGCGAGCGGUUCGAUUUUACUGGCUUACGGGCGGUGGAGUUGGGUGCGGGAUGCGGGCUAGUGGGCAUCGCGCUGGCCUGGCUCGGGGCGGAGGUCCACCUCACCGACCUGUACGACCAAAUCGACGUGAUGGAAGCCAACGUCGAUCGCAAUUUCGGCUACCGAACAAGUCGAAGCCACGCCGCCGGUGUUGAGGACGAUGCGACGCCUGCGGACGACGACCCGCUCGUGCGCCCCGUCAACAUUCGCGCCGGCGAGCUGGACUGGAGCUCAUCGGCCCAGGACAUCAACGAGGAGUACAGUCCGCCCUUUGAUCUCAUUGUCGGGUCGGACAUCAUCUACGCCGAGGAGGCCGUGCCGCUGCUCAUCAACGCGCUCGACAUCCUCUCUUCGCCCAAGACCGUCAUCCUGAUCGCGCACGAGGGCCGCUCCAGGGACAUCGACUCCAAGUUCGAGGAGCUGGCCGCCCAGCACUUUGACAUUGAGGUGCUGGAUUGGGACGAGUUUCAUCCGUUCUAUCGCUGCGAUGAAAUCUGUAUCAUCAAACUGCAAAAGAGACCCCUGUAG